UGUGACCCCACCUCCCCUCCUACACUUGGGCCACUUUGUUAGACAGAGCUUGCUGUGCUCUCAUUGGCGCGUGCAGAAGCGCCACCCCAGAUCCCUUGUUACUAGAGGCGAGAACCAGAGCCCAUUGGCUGUGACACCUCACAAUGGCCCUGCGGGACGCAGGGUUCUUUCGAUUGGUUCGAUGCCUGUCUGGAGUGAUCCUGUGGCCUCCUACCCAAACAGGCUACCUGGCGCCGCUAGGGGGCUGGGAGGGACGAGUGCUCCAACCGGACACCUGCUUCCCAUUGGGCGUCUGGGCGCCGCCACCCCGCGGCGGGAUCCAGUCCUGCAGAGGAGUGCGAACCCAGACAGUCGCACAGGACGCCUGCUCCCGCGGGACCUGCCCUGCGUCGUCGCCCCUGCAGCCUCUUCCCAGAGCUCCAGUAAGUUCAACAAACCUGCACACCGUCGCCACCUUCCCGUGGCUGUUGGGAAUCCCAUACCUAAGGAAGUCCCACUGAAACCCCAUCGGUCCGUGGAGUGAAGGAGCGAAGGGGAAGUCUGAGGGGUCAUGUUCUAUUAUCCCAACGUGCUUCAGCGCCACACCGGCUGUUUUGCCACUAUCUGGCUGGCAGCGACGCGCGGGAGCCGACUGGUGAAGCGUGAAUACCUGAGGGUGAACGUGGUGAAGACAUGCGAGGAAAUCCUCAACUAUGUGCUGGUCCGAGUGCAGCCCCCGCACCCCAGCCUGCCACGGCCGCGCUUCUCCCUGUACCUGUCAGCACAGCUCCAGAUUGGUGUGAUCCGGGUCUACUUCCAACAAUGCCAGUAUCUUGUAGAGGACAUUCAACACAUCUUGGAGCGCCUGCACCGCGCACAGCUGCAGAUCCGCAUCGACAUGGCUGAGCUUGAGCUGCCCAGCCUGCUGCUCCCUAACCGCCUGAGCAUGAUGGAGACCCUGGAAGACGCCCCAGACCCUUUCUUUGGGAUCAUGUCUGUGGGCCCGAGUCUCCCCAGCCCUUACGAUAUCCCUCAGAUUCGACACCUCUUAGAGGCUGCAAGCCCAGAGAGAGUCCCUGAGGUGGCCUCUCCUGAAGUCCCCAAGGAGCCCAGGAAGCCAGUGCUGCCCCCUGAGGUCAUCACCCUGAAGGAAGCAGAGCCCAUCCGUAUGCUGCACAUUGAGGGCGAGCAGGACCUCCCAGAGCUCAGCCGCCGUGACUUGGACUUGCUCAUUGCCGAAGAGGAUGAGGCUGUCUUGUUGGAGGAGCGCCGGCUGGGCAAGCCCAGGGCCCGCCUGGAGCCUGAUGAGUUCAGGGAGGAGCCCCGGGCCCCAGAAGGGGACAUGGCCGUGCCCCCACUUUCUCCUCCAGCUCCUGUGCAGGUAGAAGCAAUGGAAGUGUCAGUUCCAGAACCAGCCCUGGCACCCGAGGAAGAGGCAGAGAAGCUGGCAGGCUGGGAGCCAGAGGCCCUGCUCACAGAGGUGACCCCAUCGCCAGAACUGCGUCUGCCAGCACCACCCAGUCCCAAGAAGAGGCGCCCAGGCCCACCAUCUCCCACGAGCCCCCCUGCUCGUCGCCGUCGCCGCCGCCAGCUACUGUUCUGGGAUGAGGAGACUCAGAUCUCCAGGGAAAAAUUCAAGGAGCAGCUGCAAACCACAGCACACUGCCGGGAGUGUCCCAUGGUGCAGCCUCCAGAGAGGACCCUCAGGAGCCCCACAGAGCUGCUCCAGACCCCGACAUACCCUGGCCUGCUUCCCCCAGAACUGCUGGCCUUCUGGACCCGCUGUGCCCAGACUCCUGCGAGAGCGCUCAGGCGGAGGGCGGCCCGGGAAGUGGCCGAGGAGGAAAGGAGCAGGGCUGAGGCCAUCAGUGACAUUGAGGUGCUGCGGGAAGCCCAGGAGCCCAGUGGGCCACUCAUGCCGUCUUCAGAGCUCUCCCUGGAGCCUGUGGAGGAGGAAAAGUCGCGCACCAUUCUCAUCCCCCCGGAGGAGCGCUGGGCCUGGGCUGAGGCGGAGCAGCCAGAGCCUCCCAUGUUGCCUGUGGUGCCAGAACUCCCCGAGGUGCCCAUGGAGAUGCCCUCAGAGGUGUCCCUGGAGAUGGAGCCACUUUCCUUGGAGGCUGUGCGCAGGGCAGUGGCACUGGAGUUGCAGGCCAACCGGGAGCCUGACUUCAGCAGCCUGGUGUCCCCACUCAGUUCCCGCAAGAGGGCCGCGCAGGUCUUCUACCUGCUCCUGGUGCUUGCAGCACAGAGGGUCCUGCGUGUGGAACAAGAGAAGCCAUACGGGCGCCUCCUGAUCCAGCCAGGGCCCCGCUUCUACCAAGGAUAGGGCCCAUUUGUAGAGUGCCAGGAAACCGGCUCUAUUAAACCAUAUCCUGCCUCA